AUGGCCCUGAGUGACGCCGAUGUACAGAAGCGGAUUAAGCACAUGAUGGCUUUCAUUGAGCAAGAAGCCACUGAGAAGGCCGAACAAAUAGAUGCCAAGGCUGAGGAAGAAUUCAGCAUUGAGAAAGGACGCCUGGUGCAAGCCCAACGACUGAAGAUUAUGGAGUAUUAUGAGAAGAAGGAAAAGCAGAUAGAACAGCAGAAGAAAAUCCAGUUGUCCACCAUGAGGAACCAGGCCCGGCUAAAUGUCCUGAGAGCUCGCAAUGACCUCAUCUCGGAGCUGCUGAAUGACGCCCAGCUGAGACUCGCCAGGACUGCGGCCGACCCAGAGGCCUACCAGCGGCUGCUGUAUAAGCUGGUGUUCCAGGGCCUGCUCCGGCUGCUGGAGCCCGAGGUGACUGUACGCUGCAGGCCACAGGACCGCCUCCUGGUCGAGGCUGCGGUGAAAAAAGCCAUCCCCGAAUACAUGACAGUCUCCCAGAAACGUGUGAAGGUGCAGAUCGAUCGAGAGGUGCACCUGGCUGUAAAUGCAGCGGGAGGUGUGGAGGUCUACAGUGGCAAUCAGAGAAUAAAGGUUUCCAAUACCCUAGAGAGCCGACUGGAGCUCUCAGCGCAGCAAAAGAUGCCAGAAAUACGAAAGGCCUUAUUUGGAGCCAAUCCCAACAGGAAGUUUUUUAUAUAACCUCUGGGAAAUGAAGCUCAUGUUGAACUACUGAGCCAUAAAAGCAUAAGUUAUUAAGGCAAAGGAAACUACUUAUGUUUCCUCGUCUUUGUUGCUCUGAUAUUAUUCUAUCUUCUUUUAAGAAAUACCCUCUGAAUAGCUAAAGGCAUUAUACUUUGGAAUAAAGUCUGACUUAAUGCUUAGAAAUCUAA